UGCAGAAAUUAAACAGGAUCGAAGAGAGAUCCUCCGGUUGCAGAAAGAUAGAUAGAGAGAGAGAUCGGGAGAGCACCUGAGAGAGGAAGAGAGGCAAUAAUGGCGAUCAUGUGGCUGGAGGCGUUGGGGAGGAGGAACGUGGCCGGCCCGCUGCUGCUGCUCAACCUCGUUCUGUACGUCUUCAUGAUGGGGUUCGCCAGCUGGGCGCUCAACAGCUUCGUCGACGGCCACCACCGCCAGCAGUACUACUACCCACCAGCGCCUGCAGGGCCGCGCAGCGCCGGCGAGGAGGCGACGCUCCAGUUCAUCCAGUCCGCGCUGCUGGCGGCCGUCGUCGGCGCGGCGGCGAAGGCCGCGACGGCGUUCCACGCGCGCGCGUGGCGCCCGCAGGGCCUCGCGGCCGCCGCGGCGCUGGGCACCGUCGCGUGGGCCGCCACCGCGCUCGCGUUCGGCCUCGCGUGCAAGGAGAUGCGCGCCGGCGCCGGCGCGGCGCGCGGGUGGCGGAUGCGCGCGCUGGAGGGGCUCACCACGGUGCUGGCGCUCACGCAGCUGCUGUACGUCGCGAUGCUGCACGCCGCCGUGGCCGGCGACCGCUGCCAGCCCGGGUGCCUCGCCGAGGACGACCAGGAGCACCGCAGGGGCGGCCCCACCUGCAGUGUCAUGUGAUCGCCCACCCCUCUCCUCCAACCUGCAAUGCAUGCACAUGCUUGGUGUUGUCUGCGUGCUGUGAUUUCCGUUCGCCUCCUGUCGUGUCCUCGUGUGGAAAUUAAGCAAUUGAUGAAGCUAGUUUCCAGUUUUGUAUCGUCUCAUGUGCUCGUUUCGUUUCGUUGUGUAUGUGUAUGGCGUUGAAUAUGUGCGUGUGUAUGUGUGUUGUGGUAUUGUACUUUCUACUGUGUAUUGUGAUGUCCAUUCGCUGCCAUGUUCCUCCGGUGCAUGGCAGCACGUAUUGCUGUUGAUGUGAAAUAAUAUGGAUUUACAGUUUGGCU